AUGGCAUCCAGAGAGCUGGGCUCCCAUCCCCAGGACCACGUCCUCCGGCACAGCUUGCAAAAGCCCGACGAGUUCUGGGCUCGCCAAGCGGAACACCUCCACUGGCACACCAAGCCCGCGAGCGUGCUGCGCCGCACGCAGCGGACCCUGCGAGACGGCCGCGUGUCCCACGACAGCUGGGAAUGGUUCCCGGGCGGCGAGAUCUCCACCUGCUACAACUGCAUCGACAGGCACGUUGAAGCGGGCCGAGGCGACAACGUUGCCAUCUACUACGACAGCCCGGUAACCGGGACGAAGGAGACGUACACCUACCGCAAGCUUCUCGACGAGGUGCAGGUGCUUGCGGGGGCGCUGCGAGCCCAGGGCGUCCGCAAGGGUGAUGUCGUCAUGCUAUACAUGCCCAUGAUUCCAGCCGCAGUCAUCGCCAUGUACGCAGUCAACCGCCUGGGCGCCGUGCACGCCGUCGUCUUUGGCGGCUUCGCCCCCCUCGCGCUCGCCCAGCGCAUCGAAGCCUGCAGCCCCGUGGCCAUCCUCACAGCCUCGUGCGGCAUAGACGGCAACAAGCCCCCCAUCGCGUACCAGCCGCUCGUCGAGGAGGCCGUCGCCCUCUCCGCCCACAAGCCUCGGCGGACGCUGAUCUGGCAGCGGCCGCAGGUGCGCUGGGACCCCGACCGCGCCAGCGGCCAACGCACCUGGCAGGAGGCCGCCGCCGCCGCCGCCACCCCCCGGCAGGCCCGGGCGGAGUGCGUGCCGGUCGCGAGCACCGACCCCGUCUACGUCAUCCACACGUCCGGCACGACGGGCGCGCCCAAGGGCGUCGCCAGGGACGCCGGCGGCCACGCCGUCGGGCUGCACCUGUCCAUGCGCUACCUGUUCGACGUCCACGGGCCCGGCGACGUGGCCUUCACCGCGUCGGACAUUGGCUGGGUCGUCGGCCACUCGUACAUCGUGUACGGCCCGCUGCUGGUCGGCGCGUCGACGGUGCUGUACGAAGGCAAGCCGGUCGGCACGCCGGACGCGUCGGCGCUGUGGCGCGUCGUCGACGAGUACCGCGUCAGCGUGCUGUUCACGGCGCCCACGGCCCUCCGCGCCGUCAAGCGCGACGACCCGGGCAGCGGGUUCCUGCGCGCGGUCGGCGGCCGCGGCGGCCUCCGCUCGCUGCGGGCGCUCUUCCUCGCGGGCGAGCGCUCCGAGCCCUCGCUCGUGUCCAUGUACCAGGGGCUCGUGGACAGGUACGCCGCGCCCGGCGCGCAGGUCGUCGACAACUGGUGGUCCAGCGAGUCCGGGUCGCCCAUCACGGGGCGCGCGCUCGGCCACCGCGCGCCCGCGACGGUGAGGCCCGGCAGCGCCGGCAAGGCCAUGCCCGGGUUCGACGUGCGAGUCGUCGACGACGCGGGCCGCCCGGUCCGGCACGGCACCAUGGGCAACAUCGUGCUGGGCCUGCCGCUGGCCCCGACGGCCUUCCGCGCGCUCUGGGGGGACCGCGACAGGUUCUACGCCAGCUACCUGAAGCGGUUCGGCGGCAGGUGGCUGGACACGGGGGACGCCGGCAUGAUUGACGGGGACGGCUACGUGCACAUCAUGAGCAGGAACGACGACGUCCUGAACGUCAGCGCGCACCGGCUGUCGAGCGGCGGCAUCGAGCAAGCCAUCACGUGCCACCCCCUCGUCGCCGAGGCCAGCGUCGUCGGCGUCCCAGACUCCAUCAAGGGCCAGCUCCCCUUUGCCUUUGUCACGCUGUCGACGGCCGCGCACGCCGCCUCGGCCGUGCCGGACGACAAGCUCGCGGCCGAGAUCCAGGGCCUGGUGCGCGCCCAGGUCGGGCCCAUCGCCUCGCUGGGCGGCAUCAUCCAGGGCUCGGGCAUGAUCCCCCGCACGCGGUCGGGCAAGACGCUCCGCCGCGUCCUGCGGGAGCUGCUCGAGAACGGGGUGCACGGCGAGUACGAAAAGGAAGUGGCGGUGCCGAGCACGGUGGAGGAUGCCUCGGUCGUCGACGUCGCGCGGGCCAAGGUCAGGGAGUACUUUGUCAAGAGGGAGGGCAAGCACGUCGCACUGGAGGCGCCGCGGCCAAGGUUGUAG